AUGUCUACAAUAGAGGCCACCGGCCAACAACAAAUCAACUUUCCCGCUGAGGAAGUAAAGAUUUUAGAAUUCUGGCGAGAAAUCGAAGCGUUUCAAACGCAAAUACGAUUGUCCGAAGGAAAAAAACCUUACUCAUUUUAUGAUGGUCCUCCUUUUGCUACCGGGUUACCGCAUUAUGGGCAUUUAUUGGCUGGGACUAUUAAGGAUAUUGUGACGCGUUAUGCUGCACUGACCGGCCAUUAUGUUGAACGUCGAUUUGGAUGGGAUUGUCAUGGCUUGCCUGUAGAAUACGAAAUUGACAAAAAAUUGAAUAUCAAGGGCAAAGAUGACGUACUAAACAUGGGAAUUGAUAAAUAUAACGCAGAAUGUCGGAGCAUUGUAAUGCGAUAUUCUGAAGCGUGGCGACAAACAGUCGAACGGCUCGGUCGCUGGAUCGAUUUCGAUAACGACUAUAAAACAUUAAAUACUACAUUCAUGGAGAGUGUUUGGUGGGUUUUUCAACAGCUUUAUAAUCGGGAUCAAGUAUAUCAAGGUGUAAGAAUUAUGCCGUACUCUACUGGAUGUACUACCCCAUUAUCAAAUUUUGAGGCUGCACAGAACUAUAAGGAUGUGAAUGAUCCGGCGAUUGUGGUUUCAUUCCCGUUGGUCAAUGAUCCGGAUACGCUACUACUUGCAUGGACUACCACGCCAUGGACAUUACCCAGUAACCUAGCACUAUGUGCACACCCAGAUUUUGAGUAUGUCAAAAUCAAAGAUGAACUUACCGGGCACACCUAUGUUCUUUUAGAAAAAUGCCUUAAUGUUUUGUAUAAAGAUGUAAAGAAAGCAAAGUAUAAAGUCCUGGAAAAGAUUAAAGGAAAAGAUAUGAAAGGAUGGAAAUAUGUUCCAUUGUUUGAUUAUUUUGUUCCCGAGUUUAAAGAUAGAGCAUUUGUGGUUUUAAAUGAUACCUAUGUUGCCGAUGAUACUGGUACGGGUAUUGUGCAUCAAGCUCCCGCAUUUGGCGAAGACGAUUAUCGUAUUUGUCUAGAAAAUGGAAUUAUCUCUGAGGAUGGUCCGUUGCCUUGUCCUAUUAAUGAACAAGGAAUAUUUACGAAAAAGGUCACUGAUUUCGCCGAGAUUUAUGUUAAGGAUGCAGACAAAAAUAUACAAAAAGAGUUGAAACAACGAAAACGAUUGGUCAUACAAUCGCAAUUAAUGCAUAGCUAUCCGUUUUGCUGGCGGUCAGAUACCCCAUUGAUAUAUAAAGCAGUGCCUUCUUGGUUUGUUCGUGUAAAACCAAUUAUUGAAAAUUUGUUGAAGAACAACAAAGAAACAUAUUGGGUUCCUGAUUUUGUGCAAGAGAAACGGUUUGCAAAUUGGAUCAGUAAUGCACGAGAUUGGAAUAUUUCACGAAACCGAUAUUGGGGUACGCCAAUUCCGUUAUGGGCUAGUGAUGAUAUGAAAGAGAUUGUGUGUGUGGGAUCAUUAAAGGAACUCGAAGAAUUAUCUGGGUGUGAAAAAUUAACAGACAUUCAUCGUGAAAAAAUCGAUCAUAUCACCAUUCCCUCUAAACAAGGUAGAGGUCAAUUGAAAAGGAUAGAAGAAGUGUUUGAUUGUUGGUUUGAAUCCGGCAGUAUGCCUUAUGCACAAGCUCAUUAUCCGUUUGAGAAUAAAGAAAAGUUUGAAGCUUCUUUUCCGGCAGAUUUCAUUGCCGAAGGAUUAGAUCAAACUCGUGGCUGGUUUUAUACACUAAUGGUGCUAUCGACCCAUUUGUUUGAUAAACCGGCAUUUAAGAAUUUGAUCGUUAAUGGAUUGGUUUUGGCAUCGGACGGAAAGAAAAUGAGUAAACGCUUGAAAAAUUAUCCCGAGCCUACAAAGAUUAUUGAUGCAUAUGGAGCUGACGCAUUAAGGCUAUACCUUAUAAAUUCACCGGUUGUACGCGCCGAACCUUUGAAAUUUAAGGAAGAAGGCGUAAAAGAAGUUGUCACAAAAGUAUUUCUACCGUGGUAUAACGCCUAUCGCUUUUUUAUUUCUCAAGUAGUUUUACUAAAAAAGGAAACAGGAAAAGAAUUCCAAUACAAUCCAGUAGCUGAAAAAUCGAGAAAUGUAAUGGAUCGAUGGAUCUUAGCGUCAUCGCAGAGCCUCAUCAAAUUUGUUCGAGAGGAAAUGGCCGCACCCGAAGUUGAUCAGGACCUGCGAUCGGUGCAUUUUUUGUCGUUUCCAGAAGUGCGCAAAGAAUAUUUUGACACGGAGAUUGAACGUCGCGUUUCGCGUAUGCAGACUGUGAUUGAACUGGGACGCUUCAUUCGAGAGAAAAAGAAUAUUGGAUUGAAGACUCCUUUAAAAGAAUUAGUGGUUCUGCAUUCUGAUUCUCAGUAUCAUUCCGAUGUCUUAUCUUUAAAGAGCUACAUUGUCGAAGAACUGAACAUCAAAAAUCUAGUAGUAACCUCGGAUGAGGACAAAUACAAUAUAAAAUAUCGAGCCGAAGCCGAUUGGAAAGUCCUCGGUCAAAAACUAAAAAAAGACGCAGUCAAAGUGAAAAAAGGGCUUGAGCACGUCACAUCAGAGCAGGUUAAAGAAUUCCUGCACACAAAAGAGAUCAUAAUCGACGGGAUCAAAGUCGUUGAUAAAGAUUUACAAGUAGUUCGUUAUUUUGAUGCCAGCAGUGAGAAGGAGGGCAGCAGUCAUUAUGAAACUCAUACGGAUAAAGAUGUGUUGAUUCUGUUGGAUAUGAGAGAGUAUCCCGAGUUACAGGAGGAAGGGUGGGCACGUGAGAUUGUUAAUCGGGUGCAGCGGCUAAGAAAAAAGGCCGGAUUGCAACCAACCGAUCCGGUUAUUACAUACUAUCGUUUUACCAAAGAUCCCGGUAACCAGAUCGAACGCGUCCUACAGACCCCAGCAGCCGGUAUUAUCGUAAAAACAUUGAAACGGCCAUUAGUCUCGCACACAGAAAAACAAAAAAUUGAAGAUGAAGAACCUGAUGAUAGUAAAAGAAGCGAAAUUAUCAUUGAGGAAGAACAAGAAGUGAAUGAAUCGACCUUUAUCCUUACACUUGUGAAAGAUUGGUGA